CGUGGUGUAGCUGUGGGCUCGCUCUGCUGUUCGCUAGGCUUGGUGGGAAGACCUGUCCUCGAGUCCGCGCCUUUCGUCGCCGCCAUGUCGGGAGGUGGUGUGAUUCGUGGGCCGGCAGGGAACAACGAUUGCCGCAUCUACGUGGGGAACUUACCUCCAGACAUCCGAACCAAGGACAUUGAGGACGUGUUCUACAAAUACGGUGCUAUCCGCGACAUCGAUCUGAAGAACCGCCGCGGAGGACCGCCCUUCGCCUUCGUUGAGUUCGAGGACCCGCGGGAUGCGGAAGACGCGGUGUAUGGUCGCGACGGCUAUGAUUACGAUGGAUACCGUCUGCGGGUGGAGUUUCCUCGAAGCGGCCGUGGUACAGGCCGAGGCGGCGGCGGGGGUGGAGGUGGCGGGGCUCCCCGAGGUCGCUAUGGCCCCCCGUCCAGGCGUUCUGAAAACAGAGUGGUUGUCUCUGGACUGCCUCCAAGUGGAAGCUGGCAGGAUUUGAAGGAUCACAUGCGUGAAGCAGGUGAUGUAUGUUAUGCUGAUGUUUACCGAGAUGGCACUGGUGUCGUGGAGUUUGUACGGAAAGAAGAUAUGACCUAUGCAGUUCGAAAACUGGAUAACACUAAGUUUAGAUCUCAUGAGGGAGAAACUGCCUACAUCCGGGUUAAAGUUGAUGGGCCCAGAAGUCCAAGUUAUGGAAGAUCUCGAUCUCGAAGCCGUAGUCGUAGCAGAAGCCGUAGCAGAAGCAACAGCAGGAGUCGCAGUUAUUCCCCAAGGAGAAGCAGAGGAUCACCACGCUAUUCUCCCCGUCAUAGCAGAUCUCGCUCUCACAUAUCUGAAGAGAUGGAUUAAGAAUGCUUUGGAUUAAGGAUUGUGGAGCACAUUUCAAUCAUUUUAGGAUUGUCAAAAGGAGGAUUGAGGAGGAUCAGAUCAAUAAUGGAGGCAAUGGUAUGACUCCAAGUGCUAUUGUCACAGAUGAAAUUGGCAGUAUUGACCUUAUACUAAAAGGCAAGGGUUUAAAAUGAUUAUACAUCUGCCUUAAAACACUUGCAAACAUCUUAUGCAGUUACCUUUAGCUACAAUUGCUUUGCUCUUUAAACCUUGGCAAUUGUGGCAAAAUUACGUUGCCCAUUUUGUAACAAUUUAUUUUGCUCCCUACCCUUUUUUGUUUUAAUAGGGACUAAUGUGGGAAGAACUGGCUAAUUUGUCACAAUGCUUAGUUACAACUGUUAAUGUGUGACCUGCUGUUGGUGUACAUGUGGGUACAGGGUGUCUUUAAUUCCAACCGGAUAGAGUAUAAUAUCAAUACUGCUAAAUCUGCAUGUCCUCUGUGUGACUGAUAUAGCGUUGCUACUUCAUUUUUUUUUAAGACAAAAUGAAAGCAAAAUAUAGAGUUCCAACGUAUUGGUGUAGAUAAUCUAGUUGGGAAUACUUUUAAGUCUCACCUUCUCCUUUAAACUAAUAUUCAUAAUUGACUCAUGUUUAAAACACUUUAAUUUACAAAUUAAAUUACAGAUGGGAGCAUUAGAUUUAGUUUAGACUUAGGUGGGUAGCAAUACCAGUAAACUUCUCAACUACAUAACAUUUUGCAACCACAAAACCUGUAAUACGCUGUACAGUAACAAGUGUUGGCAUUAUCAGUUGAACUGUAAAUAUAAAAUGCUUCUUCCAAUUAGUCUCUAUGAUGAUUAAGUUUCUAAAAUUUAUCUGAACACCAUUCAGAAACUUGUUUUGGGGAAUUUGAUAGUUAUUGAUGUACAUCUGUUAAACUGAUGACAGACAUAACUCAUCAUUCCCCAGAAACCUUUUUUGAUUACAGUAUCUAACAUUUUGCCUCCUCUUUUUUGGUUUUGCUGGUUAUAAAGGUUUGGAUUGGAGAGGGCUCACUGGAUCCCAAUCCUUGGAGCUGGAUCAUUGGAUUCAAAUCAUAAUGUGGAUAGGAUAGGGAGGAUGAAUUACAAGGAUUCAUGGAGCGGGAUCAGAUUACCAGGAACAUAGGAGUGGAUUCCUGCCCCAACCAAACCGCAUUCGUGUGGAUUUUUUUUUUUUUUUUUUUUUUUUCAACUUAAUUGGCUAUUCCAAAGAUUUUUUUUUUUUUCCUAUUUUUGACGAUUGGAGCCCUUAAGAUGCACGAUGGAAUUGUGUUUUGCAUUUUUUGGUAAAAGGAGCAAAGCGAGGACCUGGAGAUAAUACGCUGGAGCAAUCUCCUUGGAAGGAUUCAGCACGAGUAGAUGGUAAACAUUUAAAGGGGAAAGGGGGGGUUUGUUUAAAAUAGUAAAUCAGUAAGUCACUUCUAAAUUUAAAGAAAACAAAAUUGGAGUUGAAGACUAAGUAGGUUUCCAAUUGGCUAUUGCCGUUUUUCUUUGAAAAAAUAAACAUUUUUU